AUGGAAAGAAAGCGGCACCUUAUGAUUUGGGGCGACAACUCAACCUUGCUCAACCAUGGUCACCUUCUACUGACAGUUAAUUCAGUUUAUGAUGAGGCCCUAUACUUCACCAAUGAAGAAAUGAAGGCUAAUGGCAAAGGGGACAUUGAUGUGCAGUCUGUCGUUGAAAGACCUCAUGUCAAUAUCCUGGGGCGAUGCGGGUCCUCUGAAGUUGAUCAGCUAGCCUACAUUAACACCAGAAAGGACUGUUUACAGAGUCUGAAUAUCAAAAUAACCACAUCAAAUGGAGUCGAGAUUACUGACAUAGUGAGUUUUUUUCAUGGUGAUGGCCCCCAGCAACAAUUUGAGGCUGGUGAACAGAAAGGUGGAAAUGCUGGAUGUGCCAGUUGUAGCGGUGAUGCAAGGAUGUACAAAGAUCUUGCAGUUUCUUUUUCAAGACCUCACCUUACUCUCUCAGAACGGCUAAAAAAAGUUCUACAAGGGCCUGCUGGAAAAAAUAAAAGGAAUGCUGGUUUAAAGCCAUUUAAAGAUCUUCAUUUAGAAGAUUUGCGAGAUGAGUGCAGAGCCCGGGGCCUUGAAAGCAAAGGACAAAAGAAAGAGCUUCAGGAAAUCCUCAAAGAAGAGAUUGGUGGAAUUCAACGAGUGCCUGCAAUGAUGUUCUUUGACCAAGAGAAAAAACUAGCAGACCUUGCUUUAGGUAAGCAUUGCAUACUGUCUAAUACAAAUGUUGUAAAUAUCAACAGAUAGGUGUCUAGUAACCUGAAUGAUUUUUUGUCAGCUUUAAAAGAAAUGUUCUGGGUAGGAGCAGGGUAUAUAUUGUGAAUGUUACUGCGCAUAAAUCUAUAAUGACCAUUAUGAUCAUUAUGAAGUGUGCAAUAUAAUUGAUUAUUACAUAAAUCAAAAUAAUAACAAUAGGAUUGUAAAAGAAUGACGUAAAAAAAAUACCAAAAAAACGCCAAAAUAUUCUUUACCAUGGUCGAUGGACUUAAUUAUAUAAGGUACACCCAUCUAAUUAUCAGGCAUGCCAUUCAAGAUGAAUGAAGCAAAUAUUUCACAGAAACAUAAUAAGCAUAAAAUUAAAUAAAUAAAUAAUGAUUUGGAGGUACAUGUAGCACAUCCACAGAGUGGUUCUUCGUCUACCUGAUCCCUGAUCGAAUUGGAAUUUUGAAUUAGCAAGUGACAGGAAAUUGACCUGUUGGCUAUUCACAAUCAUAAUAUAAUGAAAUUUAUUUUUCAAACAGGAAACUAUGAAGUCUUACCUACAGGGCCUCUCCACGAUGUUAAAGAACAUAUUGCCAAUGUUCUCACUGAAUUGCCUUCACACCUAGAAAAAGAUGAAAAAAUUGCAUUUCAGGACAUCAUUGAGUGCUCAUUUGGUGGAAAGGAAAAGCUACGUGGUUGUGAUUAUCGACUUGCAGCUGUCAUAGUGGCUCAGUACUUAAGAGGUAAUGAUCAAAACAUUUAAUUUACACUGUAAUAGGGAAGAUCUAAUAAUAAUAAAAAAAAACAAUAAUUGCCUGACUACAUAUUAUAGUCAAGCAAUCAAAAUUGCCUGACUGGUAAUAAAAUAAUAACUAACAGCACUUAAACUAGGUAGGCUACCUGUAAUGACUGCACUAUUGACUGUUUCGUGUUGUUAUCUCAUAUUAAUAGGCAGAGCAAGGCCCAAAAUACAGACACUCCUGGAUUCCCUUACAGAGCUCAGUAAGCUUCUCUACUCGCCAGCCCAAUCAUGCUCUCCAAAGCUAGUGCAUGCCAUGACAUGCAAAGAGGUCAUAGGGCAACCAAAGUCCUUAACAAGCAGAAAGUUCUAUGGCAGAUACUGGCACUCUCUUACAGCUCAUGCUGGCAAGCAGAGUAGGAUUAUCUCAGCAAAGUCAACCAACACCGAAGAGGAAGAAUGGCACUUCAAUACUCUGCAAGGUGUCGCCAGAUUGACCUGCAGGAGACCUGGUGACAUCAUCACCCCAAGCCUGAUCCGCCUUCAAGCAGAACAGAAACUUGCGGAAACUAAACAAGGCAAUGCUGUUAAAGUGCAGGAAUCACAGAUUUCGAAAUACUACAGCACUUUACCACCAUUCACCAACACAACAGUACCUAAUGAUCACUUUAUCAUCAAUAACCCCAAGGAGUACCAAGUCCAUUUACAAAGCAUCAGUGACUUCAUUGCCUGUGGCGAAGGUGUCUGGUGGUGCCAGAACUUGUCUGGAGUGGAAUUCUUGGAUGGCCCUGAUGAGCCAAGUACUAGACCCCAGGGACCAAAGCUUCACCACUUCAGGUCAAGUGAUCUUAAAAAAGAAUAA